AUGAGUUUAUCUCCUGCCGUGACCACUUUGUGUGAGAAUACCAGUGAAAUAUUUUUAGAUGUCGCCAAACUGUUACUCACAUACGCGGACAAUAUUCUGAGGAACCCCAAUGAAGAGAAGUACAGAUCCAUCCGUAUUGGCAACCCUACAUUUUCCACCAAACUUUUGCCUGUCAAAGGAGCAGUUGAAUGUCUAUUCGAAAUGGGAUUUGAAGAGGCUGAGACCCACCUGGUGUUCCCUCAGUCGGCCUCGGUGGAGCAGCUCCGGCUGAUCCGGGAGUCCAUUUCAGCAGAGAGAGACCAGAGGCUACGUGGAGGUCAGACCACUGUGCAGGCUCAAGCACCAGCCCCACAGAGCUCCCCAGGGACGAGCCAACCUGCAACACCAGUCCAACCAUCCUCUAUGGAGUCCACCAUGAGUUUCCUCGUGACGCUACAGUCCAACUUCCAACAUGUGCUGGUGUAUGAAAACCCCGAGCUGCAGCGCAAAGCCAAGAGUUGCAUUCCUCACCAACAAUUGACUUCCACCGCUGCAGAGAAACUGAAGGAGGCCAGAGACGCAGACCCAGAAAGUAAAGUGGGUUAUGAGGAUUUGGUCGUACUGGAGCUGCUCAAGUGGUUCAAGCAGUUCUUCUCCUGGGUGGACUGUCUGAAGUGCAGCCGUUGUGGAGGAAAGACCAAGAACGCCGGCUCCCUCAACCCCAGCACCGAGGACCUGCGCUGGGGAGCACAGAGAGUGGAGAAUCACUUCUGUGAAACAUGCAAGCUGUCCAACAGGUUUCCCAGAUACAACCAUCCUGAGAAGCUGCUCGAAACCAGGAGGGGGCGCUGUGGAGAGUAUGCCAACUGUUUCACCCUGUUCUGCAUUGCCAUGGGUCUGGAGGCAAGAUACGUUUGGGACAGCACCGAUCAUGUGUGGACGGAGGUGUAUUCGCCGUCUCAGCGCCGCUGGCUUCACACUGACUCGUGUGAGAACGGCUUUGAUCGACCUCUGAUCUAUGAGUUAGGCUGGGGGAAGAAGCUCUGCUACAUCCUGGCCUUCUCCAAAGAUCAGGUGGUGGAUGUCACCUGGAGAUAUUCUUGCAAGCAUCAAGAAGUGUUGAGUCGGAGGAAUAAGGUUCAGGAAGCGUGGCUCCUACACACCAUCAACAGCCUCAACAAUACCAGACAACAGAGUCUGAGUCCUGAGAGGAGGAAGGAGCUGACUGACCGGCUGCUGGUUGACUUGGUGGAGUUCAUCUCUCCUAAAAAACCUAAACCUGGAGAGCUGGGUGGACGCACCUCCGGGUCACUGGCGUGGAGGCUCGCCAGAGGGGAAACCAAAGUGCCUGAUUCAGCAGCAAAGACUUCAAGUUUUGUGUUCACCCCUACCGACAAAGAGAGGACAGAGAAGCGGCUGCAUCUACGCUACAACGCUUCCACCAACCAGUACUGUCGCGUGUCUAACGACGCUGAAGUCAUUCCAGGCUGGGAGCAGUGUGUGUGGCAGAGUGAGGCUGUUCUCAGAAAGGAGGAGAGCGACUGGCAGAUGGUAUACCUGGCACGAACAGAGGGCUCGUCCACAGGGAAAGUCAGCUGGAGAUUUGACUUUUUUCCAGUGGGAAUGCAGAUAGAAACAGUCAGCGUUAUGGCCAAGAGUGAGACAUUUGAAUCUGGAAGUGUCUGCUGGAAGGUGCAGUCAGGACAGACCACCACACAAUUUUCUGGAGACGGCAAGACGCAACCUUUACCGUGCCUGUCUGGCUCCUCCGAGUUCACCGUUGUAGCAGAACUGUGUGGCGGGAAUGGAUCUGUGGCCUGGCAACACGCACAGCUCUUUAGACAGAGUUUGAAGGAGACUGAUGAAACCUCAUUUGAAAUAUUGGUCCAUCUCCAAACUGUUUAA